AUGCAGACGCUUAUAUCAUCGUGCCGGGCGCCACUAUUGCAAGCCCCGGCUGCACCACCCCGGUUAGCAGCCCCCCCUAUCCGCUUGGGACGCCUGUGGGCGGACCCUACCCGGGGUUGCGACCCUAACCCACUGGGCCGGGGAUUCCUCCCCACCACGAGGACAACCUCACCCUCUGGUCCGACCUAUCCGUCAGUGGUCUCAGCUGAUGGGCACAGCGCAGUAUGGAGGAACGUGACUCUUUCGACGAUUCCGGUGUCGCUGCCUCUCAUUGGGCUGGUCAACUACUAUCAGCCCAUCCUGUGCCUGGCAACGGUCACACCUGGGAGCAGCGCGUACUCCAUCGGCAAUCCAGUGAUCUCGAUUUCAUAUGUCUCCAAGAACUACGUGAAGGAAGGCCUCGUCUACACCAACAUCAUCCCGCCGCCCCCCCCUCCUCCUCCGGCUCCCGGUACAAUCGUAGGCCAGCCGGGGCCCGCAGGCAGGCCCGGGCCCCCAGGCGUGCCCGGGCCCGCAGGCGUGCCCGGGUCCUACACUGGCGUGCCCUCGUCCACAACGACGCUCAACGUCAUUAAUGUCAUCAUUAUUAUCAAUGUAGGCCAGCCCCCCUGCAGAGAAGGGGAUGUGUCUGACACGCGCAUCACCAACACGAGCAUCCUGGUCGGCAACACCACCCAGUGCAACACGACUGAGAUCAGUACCGUCACCAACACGACGACGUGCGCCGUCCCCGGGAGAGCGAACGUGCGGGUCAACACCACGACCACCACCAAUACCUUGUGCCUGCCGGUGGUCACCGAGCCCCCACCCGUGAACGUCACCGGGACCCCGACCCCCACGCCCACGAACACGACCAACAUCACCGGGACCCCAACCCCCACGCCCACGAACAUGAUUAACAUCACCGGGACCCCAACCCCCUUCCCAACCCCAACAAAUGACACCCUAGUCCCAAUCCCCACCCCAUCAAACGGUACCGUCAUAACCGACCCGGCAGUGAUCAGUUCUCCACUCCCCACAACUCGACGCCAACCCCGACAAACCCGGGUUUCCCGGACUUGA